UCCAGCCACCCAAGUCCCUUAUUCCUCACCUGGAGACACAGGUGGAAGGAUGACCCCUCAAAAGGUCACUCUUCUCUCAAUUUGCAAGCUGCCUCAAAAGGAGGUCGGGGGAACAGGUCAACAAAGGCUCAUGGGAGCUCCUGGUGUUGGCGGAGAUGGAUCGUGGACUCGGAGGCCCUUCCGUGCUGCCCUCCAGCCCGUGGCCUAGGCUGCAGUCAGCCUUGUGGCCGACUCUGACGGCUCUGGCCCUGCUGAGCAGCGUCGCGGAGGCCUCCCUGGGGCCUGGGACCAGCAGCCCCGCCCCCCGCGGAGGCCCUGCACCGGUCCUGGCGCCCCCCGCGGCCCACCUGCCGGGGGGACACACGGCCCGUUUGUGCGGAGGAAGAGCCGGGCGGCCGUCGUCGCCGCAGCCCCCCAGGCCCGCGCCCCCGAGGAUGUUAGAUGCUAACAUGAAGACGCUCCUUGUGGUGCGUGGCUCCCUAAGCACGUCGCCCUAUUCUGGAGAGUAUCGGUAUUAUUCUAGGUGGUAUGAAUAUGAGUGUCCUUUCAGCAGCCAGAGGAAUUCUUCCGUUUGCACUGAGGGUGCCAUUGCAGGGCUCCGUCUCCGUUAUCCAUGA